CGGCCCCCGGCUCCGCCCGGUCCCUCCCCGCCUUUUAGGCGCCCGCCCGGCUGGGACAUCCCAGUCCCGCUUGGUCCUCCUCGCCGGCCACCCGUGCGCCCAGCUCGUCCAGUCCGCACUGCCUGCCCGUCGGCCCGCCCCCCACCGCAGCCAUGGACGCGAUCAAGAAGAAGAUGCAGAUGCUAAAGCUGGACAAGGAGAAUGCCAUCGACCGCGCCGAGCAGGCCGAGGCCGACAAGAAGCAGGCUGAGGACCGCUGCAAGCAGCUGGAGGAGGAGCAGCAGGCCCUCCAGAAGAAGCUGAAGGGGACAGAGGAUGAGGUGGAAAAGUAUUCUGAGUCUGUGAAGGACGCCCAGGAGAAACUGGAGCAGGCUGAGAAGAAGGCCACCGACGCUGAGGCAGAUGUGGCCUCCCUGAACCGCCGCAUUCAGCUGGUAGAGGAGGAGCUGGACCGGGCACAGGAGCGCCUGGCUACAGCCCUACAAAAGCUGGAAGAGGCUGAGAAGGCAGCUGAUGAGAGUGAGAGAGGAAUGAAGGUCAUUGAAAACCGAGCCAUGAAGGAUGAGGAAAAGAUGGAGCUGCAGGAGAUGCAGCUGAAGGAGGCCAAGCACAUCGCCGAGGAUUCAGACCGCAAAUAUGAGGAGGUGGCCAGGAAGCUGGUGAUCCUGGAAGGAGAGCUGGAGCGCUCAGAAGAAAGAGCCGAGGUGGCUGAGAGCCGAGCCAGGCAGCUGGAGGAGGAGCUCCGAACCAUGGACCAGGCCCUCAAGUCCCUGAUGGCCUCAGAGGAGGAGUAUUCCACCAAAGAAGAUAAAUAUGAAGAGGAGAUCAAACUGCUGGAGGAGAAGCUAAAAGAGGCUGAGACCCGAGCAGAGUUUGCCGAGAGGUCUGUGGCAAAGUUGGAGAAGACCAUCGAUGACCUGGAAGACGAAGUCUAUGCACAGAAGAUGAAGUACAAGGCCAUCAGUGAGGAGCUGGACAACGCACUCAACGACAUCACCUCCCUCUGAGCCCCACGCCAGUGUGGCCCCCUCAGCCCCUUUUCUCCUCUCCUUUCCACUCUCUUUGUGGGGAGGGGGCAGUCAGGAGGAACAAAGUUGUCAGCAUCGCACAGCCAGGCUGGGCGCAGCCUCGGAGAAGCCCCACCACACCUGCCGCCCACCCUGGCACUUGCUUCAUCCUUCUAUCCAACCACUCACUCCACCCUCCAACCUCUACCUCUUUCUGCUGCUUAAUAAACUCAACUUGGUCUCCA